AAUUGAAAACAAGUGUGCUCCCUACUUAAGCCACACGCACAAGGGAAGAUGUUCAGAGGACCCAGAGCCGCCGGGCAUAUAGGGUCGCACCCCAGCCAGGCCACCAGCACCUGCAAGGUCCCCCAUGGCGCCGCCCAGCUCCUUCCUGACGGCCCUGGUGGUGCUCAGCUGCAGCUCCGUCUGCUCUCUGGGCUGUGAGCCGCCUCACACCCACGGCCUGCCCCACAGGGGGGCCUUGACGCUCCUGGGACACAUGCGGACGCUCCCUGCCGCCUCCUGCCAGAAGGACAGAAGUGACUUUGCCUUCCCCACGGACGCGUUUGAUGGCAGCCGGCUCCAGAAGGCUCAGGCCCUCUCUGUGCUCCACGCGACCAACCAGAAGCUCUUCCAGCUCUUCUGCACGGAGGCCUCCGCGUCUGCCGCCUGGAAUGGCGCCCUCCUGGACGAGUUCUGCGCGGGGCUGGAGCAGCAGCUCACCCACCUGGAAGCCUGUCUCACGCGGGACGCGGGGGCCCGAGACGCUCCCCUCACGAAUGAGGAGUCCGCACUGAGGGACUACUUCCAAAGAAUCUCUCUCUACCUGCGAGAGAAGAAGUACAGCCCCUGCGCCUGGGAGAUCGUCAGAGCGGAAAUCAUGAGAGCCGUGUAUUCAUCGACGGCCUUGCACAGAAGAUUAAGGAGCGACAAGUGAGACCUGCCGCCACAUGGAAUGAUUCUCCCUGACUAGAAACAUGCCGUUUCCACGUGUUGUGCCGUGUCAAAGGCU